GUUGGGAUAAUUCUCCAUUAUUCCACUCUUGCGACAGUACUUUGGCUGGGAGUGACAUCUCGUAAUAUUUACAAGCAGGUAACCAAAAAAGCAAAAAGAUGUCAAGAUCCUGAUGAGCCACCUCCUCCACCCAGACCAAUGCUGAGGUUUUACCUUAUUGGUGGAGGAAUCCCUAUCAUAGUCUGUGGAAUCACAGCAGCAGCAAACAUCCGAAAUUAUGGCAGCAGACCUAAUGCUCCUUAUUGCUGGAUGACUUGGGAGCCUAGCUUAGGAGCAUUUUAUGGACCAGCUAGCUUUAUAAUUUUCAUCAACUGUAUGUAUUUUCUCAGCAUAUUCAUACAACUAAAACGUCACCCUGAACGUAAAUACGAACUUAAGGAACCUGUUGAGGAGCAGCAGCGUCUGGCCACCAAUGAACACGGAGAACUGGCUCAUCAAGAUUCGCUGUCGGUGUCACUAGUUUCCACAUCGGCUUUGGAGAACGAGCACAGUUUUCAAUCACAGCUGCUGGGAGUGGGCCUUACUUUGCUUUUGUAUGUUGCUCUGUGGAUCUUUGGAGCUCUGUCAGUUUCCCUGUAUUAUCCCAUGGACCUGAUCUUCAGCUGUUUUUUCGGGGCAACGUGUUUAAGCCUCAGUGCCUUCCUUAUGGUGCACCAUUGCAUUAACAGAGAAGAUGUAAGGCAUGCUUGGAUAAUGACUUGCUGCCCUGGAAGGAGUACAUAUUCAGUGCAAGUAAAUGUGCAGCCGUCCAGUUCCAGUGGAACCAAUGGAGAAGCCCCUAAGUGCACUAACAGUAGUGCAGAAUCUUCAUGCACAAAUAAAAGUGCAUCAAGCCUAAAAAAUUCUUCUCAAGGUUGUAAGCUAACUAACCUGCAAGCUGCAGCAGCUCAGUGCCACCCUACUUCUCUGCCAUUGAACACAGGUCCCCAGCUUGAUAACAGCCUCACUGAACAUUCAGUGGAUAAUGAUAUCAAAAUGCAUGUAGCUCCCUUAGAGGUACAGUUUCGGACAAACGGGCACCCAAGUCGGCACCAUAAGAACAGAAGCAAGGGGCAUCGAGCUAGCAGGCUUGCAGUGUUGAGAGAAUACGCGUAUGAUGUUCCCACAAGUGUGGAAGGAAGUGUGCAAAACGGCUUACCUAAAAGUCGACAAAGCAACAUUGAAGGGCAUUCAAGGAGCCGAAGAGCCUACUUGGCAUAUAGAGAACGUCAGUAUAACCAGUCCCAACAAGACAGCAGCGAUGCUUGCAGUACACUUCCAAAAAGUAGCAGAAAUACUGAAAAAACAAUAGCUACCAACAACAGAAAAGAUAUUCUAAGGAAACCCAUAGCGGUUGAGCUCGAAAACCAACAAAAGUCUUAUGGCUUAAAUUUAGCCAUUCAGAAUGGACCACUUAAAAGCAGUGGACAGGAUGGACCCUUGCUCACUGCAGACGGUACUGGUAAUAUUAGAACUGGGUUAUGGAAACAUGAAACUACUGUGUAGCGGCAUAAUUCAUUGAGGGAUGAAUCAAUACGAACUGUGAUUACACAUUCCUUAAAGUUGUUAACACUUUUGAAGACUGUUUACAAACUCUAGGUACUUUACGCAGGGAGGGAACAAAGAUAAUCUGCCAAGCAAAAGAUUGUGUGCUUUAUUAUCUUUGCUGUUCUUACAAAGAUGAACUGUUGGUAUUUUGUGACUUUUUUUGGAAGCAUCAGUCUUGGGGGAUGCAGAACACAACUUUGUACAUUUUUAUUUUUUACCUGUAACCCUGCAGAUGUGUCCACAACACAUUUCAAAUUUGUAUUUAAAUGUAUAAUAAAUAGUAUUUUCCCCAGCA